CAAAGAUGGCGGAUCAAAGUUGCCCUAGUGAAUGUAAACAAAAAAUUUAGAGAGGGUAUGUAAGGUCGGUUAAAAAAAAAUGCCUGGUGAAGAAGACUCUGAUAGUGACGUACAACAAGGAGCGACAUGGGAGCAUCAGUCCUUGGCACAGGUAAAGAUAAAAGUUUUGAGAGGACAUAAAGAUGCAGUAAACAGCUGUUCAUUUGCCUUUGAGGACUCCAAAAUAGUUACUGCAUCACAUGACAAGACUCUGAGGCUUUGGGAUGCUAUCUCUGGAGCACAAGUCAAUGUUUAUAAAGGUCACAAUUCCUAUGUUACAUGCUGUCACACAGACCCUAACAAAGCCAGGAUAGCUUCAGGUGGAUGGGAUAAAAGACUUCUUGUCUGGGAUAUUCAGACGGGCACAAUUCUGUGGGAAGCAAUUAAUGAUGGUAUAGUGACAUCGUGUCACUUCUCUCAUGAUGGACGUUACCUUGUCAACAGUAGUGACCUCGAUUUUGCUGUCAGUUUAUGGGAUGUCAGGGAAGGAUCUCUCAUCAAGAAAAUUUUCAAUCACAAGAGUACAGUCACAUGUUGUCGCUUUGCUCCAAACCAAAACAGGAUUUGUACAACCUCCAUGGACAGAACAACAAAGAUCACAGACAUGCUUACAUUUACAAAUGAUUACAAUGUUACUCUUACGAUGGGAGGACAUAUCAAUGUUAUCUCGAGCUGUUCCUUCAGCAGUGAUGAACACUUACUGGCCACAGGAUCAUGGGAUAAAAAUAUUAAGAUAUGGGAUCUUGCCACUGGUGUCUAUAGGAAUCAUGGACCAAUCACUCUUUCAAAAGGACAUGAAGGUUCCAUUAGUGCAUGCAACUUCAGUGAAGAUGGAAGCAUGUUAGUUUCUUCAUCGUAUGAUGAAACUUUGGUUAUCUGGGAUGUUGAAAACUGCUGUCAGAAAUUUGCCCUUAAGGGUCACACCGGUUGGGUGAAUGAUUGCAGAUUUAGUACUGACCAGAAGUGGAUAAUAUCUUGCUCAAAUGACAAAACAGUGCGUAUGUGGAACAUAGAGUCAAGUGAUGACAUACCAGUGGUAUUAGAACAUAGAAAAAACAUUGGAUUAAGAAUUGUCCAGUGUCAAAACUGCAGCAAGCCUUUCUCUAUUGCACAAUUGGAUGAUGAACUAAAUCACAAGUACUGUGUUUUCUGUCGCUUGGAGCACCCUUCUGAAUUCUCAGCUUCACCACUUGACUUUGACAUAUGAUCAACAACCAUGAUAUAAAGCAAUGAACAAGUGAUUAACAUGUAACUUCUCCCCAUGAUAUGCAUGCAUACAUUAUCCAGCAAACAGGUAAUGAGAAUAC